UCCUAUGGGAGACAUUGCAUACACACUCAAGGUUAGCUUUUUCUCUGAUUCUUAAAAAAUCCUUACUUUCACCAUUGAUUAUUAUUAUUAAUUAGUGCCAUUAGUGGCAGUAGUAUUAGUGAUAAUGAAUGAAAACACUCCAGUAUAUUCUCGUAUGUUCCUGAAGCGCGCCCCCUGGUGGACGUUCCACUGAAUGACACCACAUCCUCCUCUGGCUCACCGGACGAGUUGUCAUGGCAACUGUACAGCAUGUGCUUACAAAAACAAGAGCUUGACCGUUCACCGACACUUCUGUCGACACUCGACAUCUAACGCUGGGAGUGGGACGCCAUCUUAUUCUUCCUAUCGCAUUUAUCAGGAGACAAGAGCGGAGACACACUCGUUGAAACAGAAGGGGAAGCCGACGAAAAGGAGGCCACGAUGAGCGGAGCUAAAGCCCGUAGCAGCGACGCGCCUGUUGCUGAAAAUGUCCCCGGCGGAGGGCACGGCACUGCAGCUCCUCCGCGGGACCGCAAGCCUGGCGGAGGGGUUCUGAAGAGGCUGAAGUCCCGGCGCAGUCAGGUGGACAGCAGGCCCGUCACGGAGGAGGACCUGCGGACACAAAGUGGACAUAUCACCCCGGAGGAUGUGUUGGGACUGCGGGGGGCUACGAGAGGGUACCUCUGUAAACCCGAAGAUAAUAUUUAUAACGUCGACUUUGUACGCUUUAAGAUCAGAGACCUGGAGACAGGCACAGUCCUGUUUGAGAUUGCCAAACCCCCCCACACAGAGGACGAUGAGGAGCACCGAGAGGCAGACGCCAGCGCAGGCCGAUUCGUACGGUACCAGUUCACUCCAGCCUUCCUGAGACUGAGGACCGUGGGAGCUACGGUGGAAUUCACAGUUGGAAACCGGCCUUUAAACAACUUCCGCAUGAUCGAGAGGCACUACUUCCGCGAUCACCUACUGAAGAGCUUCGACUUUGACUUUGGCUUCUGUAUCCCAAACAGCCGUAACACCUGUGAGCACAUCUACGAGUUCCCUCAGCUGUCUGAGAGCCUGGUUCGUCAGAUGGUGGAGUGUCCUUAUGAGACCCGGUCAGACAGCUUCUAUUUCGUGGAGAACAGACUGGUCAUGCACAACAAGGCAGACUAUGCUUAUAACGGAGGACAGUGAUACCUGCCUGCUAUCAUGCAACAAAACACACACACACACACACACACACACACACACACACACACACAUGCAUGCACACACUCACACUGACAGUCACACAUUAACAUAUUGUAUACUUCAUGCACGCACACAGCUGUAUACACAGUUCAUCGGCUCAUACAUGCACAAGCAGCCACAGACACGGUUGAAUUGUAAGAAUAAAUUACCAUUCACUGCGAUCAUUUUCAGAGGGUGUGUUUGAUAUUGCAGAAGGUCAAUAUCAGUCUCUGCUCCGACAUAUAAACAGGAAGCCUCUGUUCAAAAAAAGUUCAGUACGGGUUAAUUGAUCUGUUUUUGACUAUGUUUCAACCAAAAGAGGACUCAUCUCUCUAGUGGCCAUGUGACAUCUGAAACAGACUGAAGGGUUAUUAGAAAGAUGGUUUAGUCUCCUCUUUUUGAAAGUGUCCUACCACCCCCUCAUCACAUACAUACACACACAUACACUCAAUCCCCAAGUGACACACAUAGUGUUUGUCAGAAGCAGCUGUUCUCAGAGCUGCCGCCUCCA